AUUUAUAUAUAAUUGAUUAUUUUGAGAAGCGAUAGGUAGUAUCUGAAGACGACUCAAGAAAGGGACUUUAGUUUGUAUCACUUGAACAAAUCAGCCAAGACAUGUCCCCCACUAUCAACAUGACAGAGGAUAAUAAUUCUGUCGAUGUGAAACAGUAUAAAAAUUACGCCUAUACAUCUGUCCCAGUGAAUCAAGAAACAGAUAGAAUAAAUCGUGAUAACUUAACGAUACAAAAAAAUCAAUCAACAAUGCAAGAUAAAAUUAUUUAUAAUAGUCAAAAUUUAAAACCAUGUGCUGCAGAAAUAGAAUCAAGUGAAAAAGGAUCAAAAUUUCUUCAAUAUGCAGCAGCAAUUUCUGGAAAUCUUUGUAUUAUAGCAGGGGGUGCAAUGCUUGGAUGGACAAGUUCAAUGCUACUUCGACUUGAAAAAAAUGACCCAAUAUCUGAUGAUAAUCCACUGGGUGUAGCUAUAACGAAAGAUGAAAGUUCAUGGAUCGGUUCAUUGACACCCGUGGGUGCAAUUGUUGGUAGUUUCAUCGCGAGUUAUCUUGCUGAAAGAUAUGGAAGAAAACAUACGUUGCUGUCCAGUGCAAUUUUUUUUACAAUAAGUUGGAUUUUUAUUGCUACAGCUAAAACUGUUGAGAUGCUGUAUAUUGCAAGAUUUAUAUCAGGAAUAGCAAUAGCAAUACCAUUUACAACAUUACCAAUGUAUUGCGGUGAAAUAGCUGAAACUGAAAUAAGAGGAUUAUUAGGUUCAUUGUUACAGCCAUUUAUUUCAUUUGGAUUAUUGCUAGCUUAUUGUGUUGGUCCUUAUGUAUCCUACACAAUAUUUUGGAUAAUAUGUUCAUGUUUACCAGUAAUAUUUUUCGGUGUAUUUUCUUACAUGCCGGAAUCACCAUAUUAUCUAUCAGCAAAAGGAAGAAAUCAUGAAGCAAUAUCAUCACUUGCUAAGCUACGUGGUAAAAGUAUAAAUUCAGUCAAGGUAGAAGCACGAUAUAUUCAGAAAACAAUUGAAGAAGCAUACAAAUGUGAAGCUACAAUAAUGGAUCUAUUUUUUGUUAAUGUCAAUUUCAAGGCAUUAUUAUUUACAAAUUGUUUAUUAGUAUUUCAACAAUUUACUGGUAUAAAUAUUGUUAUUUUUUAUUCACAAAAAAUAUUUGACAGUGCUGGAACAAGUGAAAGUUUAUCAUCUGCUGUUUCAACAAUAAUUGUUGGUUUUUUUUCAUUUUUACCAUCAUGUGUUACACCAUUUAUUGUUGAUAAAUGGGGAAGAAAAAUAUUAUUAAUUAUAUCAGCAAUUGGACAAACCAUAUCCUUGAUUGCACUUGGAUCGUAUUUUUAUUUAUUAGAGUUUGGUGAUGUUAGUAAAAUUAGCUGGCUUCCGGUGGCCUCACUCAUGACCUUCAUUGUGUCAUAUAGCUUUGGAUGGGGUCCAUUGCCCUGGACAGUUAUGGGUGAAAUGUUUGCAUCAAAUGUCAAGUCAAAAGCUGCUGGUAUUUCUACGUUUAUAAGUUGGACAUUAGCAUUUCUUCUUACAAAAUAUUUUAAUAAUUUUGCUGAUAAAUUUGGAAUGUAUACUGCAUUUUGGGUAUUUGCUGUAUUUUGUUUUAUUAGUAUAUUAUUUACUCAUUUUUUACUUCCUGAAACAAAUGGUAAAAGUCUUGAACAAAUUCAAGCUGAGCUUGGAGGCGAUGUUGAUAAAAUAAUUGAUUCAAAGGAAAUUAUCAUUGAUGAUCAUAAAAAACAUUUAAAUAAUGUAGUUAAAAAACGAGUAUUAUCUCAAGAAAAACAACAAAAAUUAAGUAAAAAUGUAACAUCAAGUCGUCAAGUAUUAGCUAAAGAAAAUUUAGAUACAGAAAAAAAAAAAACAAAUGAUAAAAAUUUAAUAAAGCUAUCAUCAAGAACAAGUUUAACAAAAAAUGAUUCAAUUGAAAAAAUUAGAGGAUCAGUUAUUGUUCAAGGUACAAGUUCAAAAACAUUAAAAGAUUCAUCAAAAAAUACAUCAACACCAAGAGCAUCAACAAUAACAUCAAAUAGUAAAUCGAAAAAAUUAAAUGACAAUGAUAAACGUGGUGUUAGUAGUAUUUACAUGCCAAAAAAAACAACAAAAGUUAUUAAAAAUGAUAAAAAAAUUAAUGAUUCAAUGAGGAUAAAUGAAAGUACUAGCUCUAAAAAAAGAAUAUCAUCAAGUGAAAGAAGAAGAAGAUCAAGAACAUUAAGUCCAAGUGAAGUAAAAAUGUUGCAUAAAAAUAUAAAUGAAAAUUUACAUGUUAAAAAUAGAAAACAAUCAUCAGAAAAUGAUGAUGAUUAUGAAGAUGAUUUUGAAGAUUAUGAAUCAGAUUUUCAAGAUUGUACAGAAUCAGAGGCAUCAGAAGUUAGUGAAAAUUCUGAUGAAUCAUCAGAAUUAGUAGAACUUGAACCAAUUAAACUUGAAUCAUCAAAAAUACAUAAAUAUGAAAGAAAAUUAAUUGAAAAUAAAAUACAAAAUCGAAAAUAUGAUGAAGAACAAAUGCUUGAUUCUGGAAAUUAUGAAUUACAAGAAGCUAAAAAAAGAGCAGCAAAAUUAGAAGCAUCAACAUCAAAUAAUAUUGAUAAAACAAACAUUGAAAUAAAAAAGUUAAAUACUUAUAAUGAUGAUAAAAUUCAAGAAGUAUCAAAUAGAUCAUUAUUAUCAUCAGCUGAUGAAGGUUUUGAAGAUGGUAGAUCUGGUGAUUUUGUAAAGCUUCAAUCAUCAAUUCAAUUAGAACAAAAAAAUAAUGAAAAUAUAAAAAAACAAAGUGUCAUUAAUAAUAAAUUAUCAAAAAAAUAUACAAGAGGACAACAAUUAUCACAAAUGAUAAAAUUAGAUACAGUUGAAUGGUCAAUAUAUGAAUCAACACCAGUUGCUUAUGAAGAAUUUAUAAGUUUACAUGGUAAAAUGAAUACUCGUCAAAUAGCAACACAAACAAAUGAUGAUUGUUUGAGUAUCGAAAUACAAACUGACGUCAUUAAAAAACGUAACAUGUGGUGUCAAUAUCCAAUAACAUGUACAAAUAAAUUAAACACAGAAUUAGAUAUUAAAAAAUUUAAAAAAGAAACUAUUGGUGUUGGUUGUGAUGAUGAUGAAGAUGAAGAUGAUGAUAAUUUAAAUGACAAUAAAUACACAAGACCAUUUUAUGAUGUUCUUCAAUUAAAUGAAUUUCUUGAAAAUGCUGGUAAAGUUAUAUUAGCAUUGUUAGAAGAAAAAAAUCAUAAAAUAAAUAAAACAAUAAAUAAUAUUGAAAAUUUAAAAUUACCAUUUAGUGAUAGUUGUAUUAAAUUAAAUAUAUCAAUAAUUAAUUUUCUCAUUGAUAGACCAAUAACAAUGAUACGUUAUUCAGAUAAAACAAAUAAAAUAAUAUUAACAAUUCAUGCACCAAGUGAUGAAGAUGUUGAAGUAUCAAAAAAUGAAAUAAAUUUUAUAACUGAUUGUUGUAUUGGUUGUCAAUGGAAUAUACAUGAACCAUCAAGACCAAUGAAAAUUUUUUAUUCAUCAAGUAAUAUAACAGCUGCAUGUUUUCAUCCAACAAAUUUUAAUAUUAUAUUUGCUGGACUUGAUGAUGGUUCAUUGAGUUUGUGGGAUUUAAGUGAAGAUGAAACUUAUCAUCGUAAAAUUAUUGACAAUAAUAAUAGCUGUGAAUGGAUCAUAAGAUGUCCAACAUUUUCAACAACAGCUUGUCUUAAUCAACAUGAUAAAAUAUCUAAAAUUAUUGGGGUUGUUGUAUUAUCAAAAAUUGAUAAUGAUCAAAAUGAUUCGUUGGGAAAAUUUAUGCCAAUUCAGAUUUGUAGUCUUGAUGAAAAUGGAAAUUGUCGUGUAUGGAGUGUAUUGAGAAAUUUAAAAGGAAAUGCUAAUCAUGAUUUGGGUCAAUCAUGGUGGGGAAAAAUACGUUUAGUUCCAAGUCAAAUUAUAAAUUUACCUUAUGAAAAAAUUAUUGAUAAAAAUUAUUUAAAUUGUACUGAUAUUAAUAUUGAUAAUAUUGAUACAAAUAGUCUUUAUAUUGCAACAAAUACAAGUAAAGUUAUUAAAGCAAAUAGAAAUGGAAGAAAUUUUAAACCAUUAGAAUUUAAUGGUAAUUUUUCAGGAGCUGUUGGAACAACUUACAUUGAAAAUUGUCCUUUUGAUCAGCCAUAUUUUUUGGUUGGAUGUACUGAUGGUACAAUUCGUUUGCAUAAUACCACAACUGAACGACCAAUUUUACAGUUAAAUAAUUACAAAAGCUCUGCGUCAAUUAAAACAAUUCAGUGGUCCAGGUCUAGACCACUUACAAUAUUUGCUCUUGAUGAUGAAUCCAGAAUUUAUCUUUGGGAUUUGGCAAAGAGUGAUAUUAUUCCAAUAACUACCAUUUUACCAAAUAAAUUGGUGCACAUCAGUAGUAUCCAAUUGUCACCAUGUAGAAAUAAAUACGACAUGGCCAAUCAAUACAUGGCACUUGGAUUGGAUAAUGGCACAGUUGAAAUUCAUAAACUUAAAUCUCAAUAUUGUCAUCAACAACAGAAUGAUAUUUCAUCUGAAUUAGAAAUAUUGUUGAAAUAUUUAUCCGUACACUAA